UUCUCAAGUAUUUUUUCUUGUAAUUAAGGAUAAGUGGUUCGUUUGUAACGAGUUUAUCACGAAUAACUUGACACAUUUAUCAUCUGUGUUGAAAAGCACAUUAAACACGCGAGGUUGAGCUAUUUUUCGGUAGAGUGCGUGUUUAAAGACAAACACGUAGGAAGCGUGCUCGUUAGUUUACAUUGUGCAAAAAUCGUAGUUUUUGAGAAAAUGUAAAUCGUUGUGAUUGAAUGUAAUGUGUUACCGUGAAAAUAUGGAAAGUUGGGACAAUCGUUGAUAUCGGGUGUAACGUAAAUAUGUUUACUUCGAUCAAAUUUUUUAAUAGAUGUGGUUAAUUCGUAACUCUAACCUUACAAUGCGGAGACUUGUUAAUCUUGCGAUGCUUCUUUGUUACUUGAGCAGAAGCGUCGCAGCUAUGUAUUGUUAUCCAGACUACUGUCAGAACGUGACAAAAUUAGUUGCUACUCCUGGUUUCCAAUGUCUAUUGACAAAAGUUCAAAGGAAAGGAGGUACGAUAUAUUCAUUAAAUGCAUUCAGCAUCGGCUAUAGUGAUUAAAAAUUGCACCAAACUCACGUUCGAAGAUUAUAGUCAUUAUCCAGCGGAUGGCACAGCAGCCAAAUUUAAUUUACGUUCAUACACGUAUGAGGAGUCUGGAUAUAAACUGACAGCUUUCAACUUAAGCGUUACCAAUGUGGACUUUCAUGGAUUGGUUACACGUUAUCAAAGUUUACUAGAUGAGAACGAAUCAGCAUGUAGGUACAUAGAACUUUAUGGGAAUGAAACCAACCCAGUACCACAGGAAUUGUAUAUUUCAUGUCCAUUUUCUGAUGUAUCUUACGAAUCUGUUCCAUACCGGUUAGAUUAUCUCGUAAUAGGAGAAAAGUAUAAGUAUAGAAAAAGAUAUAUUUUCAAUGUACCUGUGCACAGAUUUAUCGGAGAAGGUGUCAGUAUAAAGGAAUACAGACCAUUUGUAUAUAUAGAUGUCUCUUAUGCUCCUCUUCUUUCAUUGCACGUGCAACCACUGCCAGAAGUGUAUAAUGUAACAGGGUAUAAAAUUUGGUUAAUAAACAACAAUACGGAUUUCGUGAAAACAUUCAAUAUGACCAGUGAACAAGAUUUUCAUUACAAUUUUACCGCGCACACCGGCGUGUUUUAUUUUAAAGUUGCUCCCAUGCAUUCAGAGUGUGGCGACUAUGGAUGCGUGAACAGCACCACGCCUUUUAUCAUUAUACAGGAAACAUCUCAUCGUUUAUUGAUCAUGAUUAUUAGCACUGUGUGGAUACCGCCAGUGAUAUUGUACGUCCUUUAUCAUCUUUACAAAUUGUAUAAAAGGGGAGUAUUGAAAAGGAGAGGGAUACCGAAAUGUUUGUUAGUCUACUCACCGACUCGACUGUCGCAUAUCAAUGUAAUGAUCGAGCUGGCAAAGUAUUUAAGAAUUUGCGACGUUAACGCCAUGAUAGACAUGCUCGACGUUACCGAUACCACGGACAAAGAUCCAGAAUGUUGGUGCGAUGCUGCGUUUCGAAACGCUGACGUUGUUCUUAUCGCAACUUCUCCGCCGCCUAAGAAGCCUGCGGCAUCGGCUAUUUAUCGAAACACCGGUAAUUAUCUUUUGAGACUGGUCAAAGAGAAUCAGUCGGAGAAAGAAAAGCGCUAUUAUAUCGUGCAAUUGCCGUAUUGUAAAUCGGAUGAUGUACCCGAGGAAACUAGGCAUUUGAGGAGACUGUCUUUACCAAAAGAGUUGCCUAAACUAGUAAAAAUUAUUCACAAGGUGGAACGCGUAAAAUGUUCCUCGGUAUCCGAUCAGGAAUUUCUGGACAGCGUGAAAUUAGCGAAACUCGAGAUUCUGAAGGAAGAUGCGAACAUUGCGAAAGACGAACGAGAAACUGAAAACCUUUUAACGUCGGAAAGGACGGAAACAGCAAAUAAUCGGACAUCAACUGUGCUGGAUAAUAACGCAGUGUCUCAAUCGUUUGCAACAAAUAUCGAUGAAUUAAACUUGCUUGGAGAAGGUGGAGAAGGUGAGGAAGUAUGUACUCGUGAAUCUUCAAAGGACGAUACGUGCUCGUUUCGUAUCGACGAAUUGAACUUGUGACUUCGUUUCAAGUACAUCCUUUAUUCAUAACGUUGUGAACAAAUUUUACUUGAGUAAGUUAGGUAAUUUUUUAAGAUGUAAGACUUUUUUUUAUAUAUAUAUAUAUACCGAUUUAACUUAAUAAACGCCAGUUUCUUUUUUGUUACCAUACA